CAUUUUAUCGACGAUUCCUCAGUUUUAGUCAGAAUAUUGAGUCGAUGUUUUGUUCGAUCGGAAAACGAUUCUAGGGUUUUCUUUUUGUUUGUUUCGAUGGAGAUUCAGCCACAGCCAGUCCAUUUCAAGCUGUGGAAGGAAUUGGAGUUGCACGAAUUCGAAGACAAGUUCGUGAUCCAGGCCGUCGAAUCCCCCGGUCAAGGUUUCACUAUCCGCCGAUCCGAUGGCACCAUCGAGCCACUCGUCGACGAUGCUUCUGCAAAUCCCCUCAAGGUCUCUACAAUUUAUGGGUUGGCUGGAACUAUUAGGUUACUUGCAGGGACACAUGUACUGGUGAUAACAUCUCGGCGAGAAGUUGGGAAUUAUCUUGGUUUUCCUGUUUUCCGUGUGAUGUCCAUGAAGUUCUUGUCAUGUAAUGAGGCUAUGAGGCUUUCAAGCAAUCAAGAAAAAAGAGAUGAGGCUUACUUCAGGACCUUGUUAAAGAUAGUGGAAUCAACUCCAGGACUGUAUUAUUCAUAUGAAACAGAUAUAACCUUGAACUUACAGAGAAGAUUCAAGUUGGCUGAACGGUGGAUGAACAAACCAAUUUGGAAGCAGGCUGACCCCCGAUUUGUUUGGAACAGAAAUAUAAUGGAACAGCUCAUCGAGAAUAAGCUUGAUGGUUUUAUCAUUCCUUUGUUACAAGGGAGCUUUCAGGCUGGAUGGCUGAAGUUGAAAGAUUCACCUGCCACAAUUACAUUAAUUUCAAGAAGGUGUACACGCCGCCUAGGGACCCGAAUGUGGAGAAGAGGAGCUAACCUUGAAGGAGACACUGCAAAUUUUAUUGAAACUGAGCAAGUUUUGGAGUUUGAAGGUUUUAAGUCUUCGCUUUUACAGAUUCGUGGUUCCAUUCCCCUCAUCUGGGAGCAAAUUGUUGAUUUGAGCUACAAACCACGACUUAAUAUUAUCGAUCAUGAACAAACUUCAAAGGUUGUGGAGCGCCAUUUUCAUGAUAUUAUACAAAGGUAUGGAGAGACUGUACCAGUUGAUCUAACUGACAAGCAUGGUGACGAGGGUCAACUGAGCAUGGCCUAUGCUUCUGAAAUGAAAAAACUGCCAAAUGUGAGAUAUGUUCCAUUCGACUUCCAUCACCAUUGUGGCAACUCAAAUAUUGACAAUAUAAAUAUUCUCUAUGACCAAAUCUCUGAGGACUUAGAGAAGCAAGGAUACUUCCUCGUGGACGCAGUAGGAAAUAUACUAUCUGAGCAGAAAGGCAUUAUCAGAUCUAAUUGCAUUGACUGUCUUGAUCGAACGAAUGUUACACAGAGUUACCUGGCUCAAAAGUCUUUGAAUUCACAGCUGCAAAGGCUUGCUGUACUUUCUUCCAACGAGUGCAUUUCUAUGUUUGCUGAAGAUUUUGAAAUUUUCAGAACUGCCUGGAUGGAGCAAGGCGAUGAGAUAAGCCUUGAGUAUUCUGGGACUCAUGCACUGAAACGGGAUCUUGUCAGAUAUGGGAAGCAGACUAUGGCAGGACUAAUUCAAGAUGGGAUUAGUGCACUUUCAAGAUAUUAUUUAAAUAACUUUCAAGAUGGUGUUCGCCAGGAUGCAAUGGAUCUUAUAAGUGGUCGCUACACUGUCAACCAAAACAGUCCUUCCCCACUUCAGCAAAGUGGAUUUGAAUCAUUCUCUUACCUCCCUGUAGCGUCAGCUCUAUUAAUUGGAGGAUUGACAGCAACAUCAGUCACACUCAACCAAGCUGGACGAAAUACACAGCGUUAUAUGUCCUCACUGAUAUGUGCUGGUGUAGCUGCCGGAAUGAUGGCACUUGCCAGAGCAAAUGGCAGGCAGUUCUGCUCAAGGCCGCGCUUGUGUGGCCUUCUGUAAGUAUAUGUAACUUACCCUUAAAUAAGAAUCCCAUGUAAACUGCAUGAAAUGAACUGGAUAGAAUAAAUACAGCACCAACCUAAGAUUGUUCCAUAGAUGUAGAAUCAAUAAUGCUGAGUUACCGGAAGCAACUACUCGUUCAAUAAAAUUCAUGGGUUGAUUAGAUAUAUGAUGAGAUUGGCUGUUGUCUUCA